UGCACAGAGCUGGUCCCGGCGUGGAGAGCCCGGGCAGGAUGGUUUCUGUCCCUCUCGAGGUGACCUGCAGCCUCCUUGCCUGGCUGGUUCUGUACAUCUCCUUCUGCCACUGGAACAAGCACCGUUCCCACGAGUGGAGCUGUCGCUUGGUCACCCUGCUGCACGGGGUGAUUGUCACCUGCCUCUCUGGUUAUGUUACUCUACUGGAUGGCCCCUGGCCUCUGACCCAUGCAGGUUCACCCAACACAUCUCUUCAGAUCCAUGUGCUGUGCCUGACCUUGGGUUACUUCCUCUUUGACCUGGGCUGGUGCCUCUAUUUCCAGACAGAGGGGUACCUAAUGCUGUUCCACCACAUGCUGAGCAUCUGCGGCAUGAUCCUGGUGCUGGCCCUUGGGAAGUCUGCUACGGAAGUCACGGCUGUUGUAUUUGUUAGUGAGAUCACCAACCCACUGCUCCAGACUCGCUGGUUUCUGCGUGAGACAGGCUGCUACCACACUCUCCUGGGAGAGGUGGUGGAUUUCUUCUUUGUGCUCCUCUUCCUGGUGCUGCGGAUCGGAGGAGGAGCUUCGCUCAUGUAUGCGAUGGUGACAUCCCCUGAUCCCAGCUGGCUCCUCAAGGCUGGAGGCCUGGCCAUGUACAUUGUGUCUUUGGCGUUCAUGGUUGAAAUCUGCCGCUUUGUCAGGAGGAAAAUGGUGAAAAAAUAUCAUUCCUGGACGGGCCUGAGGAGUGUGGGUGCACCUGUGAGAAGUAACGGGCACUUGAUGGCUCAAUGAUGGGGUUUGGAUGACAAUCCCUUGGGCUAUAGUCCUGGCUACUGAAGUCUACUCCUGUCAAAUCGACUCCUACAAGCGAUGUGGCAUUGACUUUCUGGCACUGGCGGUGGUCUGCUCCCCCUGGAGGUGAUGAAUAAGUGCUAGGAACGUGGGAAAUCUGGGAG